GACAAAAACAACAAGGGUGUUAUGUCUGCAAUCAACCAAACCACAUCCCAAGUUCAGGAAUUCAUCAUUCUUGGCUUUCCAGGAAUGAGGGACCAAGAGAGUAGAAAAAUCCUGUUUGCGGUGUUCCUAGCCAUGUACAUUUUUAUUCUUCUUGGGAAUUUUCUCUUAAUUUUUAUAUUUAUAUCAGACAGAAACCUCCACACCCCCAUGUAUGUGUUAGUCUGUGGCCUGGCCAUUCUCGAUUUGGUCAUCUCAACUAACACAGUGCCCAGCAUGCUGGUUGUGUUCAAACUUGAAUCCAGAAUUGCCUCAUUUGCUGCUUGCUUCACUCAGACAAUGUUCUGGUUGAGUCUGUACUCGACAGAGUCCUUCAUCCUCACCCUAAUGGCUUAUGAUCGCUAUAUGGCAAUCUGCAACCCCCUCCAUUAUCCAAAUAUAAUGAACAACAGUCGCAUAUUAAAACUGAUGGUCUGUUGCUGGGUGGGUGGUUUUCUGUCUGCUACGCCUGGUAUAGCUUACACGUUGACGUUCUCGUUCUGUGGAUCAAAUAAAGUUAAUCACUGCUUCUGUGAUUAUUCGUCUGUAUUGGCAUUAGCUUGUGGCAACAUUAUGAUUGCUAGCUACUAUGGAUUAGCAGUUGGCCUAAGUGUGUUAGUUUUUUCUUUAAUGUAUAUUUUGUAUUCAUAUAUGAGGAUCAUAUCUUCAGUGCUCAAGAUUGCCAGCAUCGAUGGACGAUUGAAAGCCUUUUAUACAUGUGGCACACACCUUCUUGUGAUCUCUGUGUUCUUCUUUGUGGCAGGUGGAGUCUUCAUCUCCUACCGUAUUCCAGGAACAUCAGUGGACAUGAGAAUCAUGGGAGCGAUUUUUCAGAAUGUCUUUCCCGCUCUCAUGAAUCCAGUUAUUUAUUGUCUAAGGACUAAAGAAAUCCGAGACAGUUUUGUGAAAACACUCAGAAAGACAAGAGUCCUGCCAAAAAGGAUUUAAUCACUUUAGUGCAUUGGUUCUUUAUAGGACAUGGAAUGCUGGGUCCAUCUUAGCCGAAGGUGAUGUGCUGUUUGUAGUCUGUUCACAGCGGUGCCUGCGAAAAUAUUAACAUUCAACUUGGACGUACUAACAAAAUCAAGACUGAAUGUAAUUAUGUCUUCUGUUGCAUGUCUUUCUAUAAUUCUUUCAAUUUGGGUAUUUUUAGCUUGUGGUUUUUAAAUUUGGUCACAACGCAGGAGUAAAGUUAGUAAUUGCAUGUUUUAAUCGUGAUCUAGAGCUGAGAGUUCAUUUUUGUAAAAUAAUAGACCGUUGUGCUUUAUGAAUGUAUAAGUGGAAUGGGACCUGGAAUGUCCACAUAAAGCUAUUUUUGAUGAUUUUAAAAUUUUCACCCACAAAUACGCAACAUACUGUACAUACUGUAUAAGACUCCAUCUCCUUACAACUGUGAACUGCAUUAACUGAGUUGAAAAAUGUGAUGCUUUAUAAGUACCGUAUGUAAAAAAAUAAAUA